CAGCAUCACCGUCAUCCAGUGCAGUUCUGACUACUAUCAACUAAGCGCGCACCUGCGUUUCCUUGCCCCUCACAAGGGCGUAUUGACUUUUGUACAAAAUAUUUUUUCACACACACAUGCAACUUCAAGCGCAUACAUACACGCGACAUAUGCAAACACAUUUAACUGAUAAACGAAAAAAGCAAGUAAAUACACAUACACAGACAAGAAAACGGUAAAAAAAUCUCAAAAAAAAACUCGAAAUAUUUGCAAAAUAUCAACAUAACUGUAAAAAAGUGUCGUGAAAAUGUUGCUGAAAGUGCGAAAUACAGCGAAAAACUGCAAACUUCAAGCCGUCGCAUACACAUAUACAAAACAUAGCAUACUUUCAGGUGCACGGUGACUUCAGUGUAAGUUGUGCGGAUGAAGGAAAGUGGCAGAAAGUGCAAAACGCAAUGAAAAGCGAAAAAGUAAAAUCGAAAUUUUCUAAUUUUUCAAUUUCCGAAUUAUGACUGCUGUUGUUGUUGUAUUGUUGUAGGAACUUCGCACGUCGUACUGCAAAUGGGUUUCAUGUGUUUGCGUUGUUGUUGUUGUUGGUGUUUUUUCCUUGCUGGGGCCAAGAAUAUCGAUUGGUGGCCUUGCAUAAGUCCAGUUUAGCGAGCGUGAGCUGGCGAUAGACACAGUAACACACAUACAUAUAUACGCACGAGUAAGCAGACCAGCGUCAGAGCAGCUUCUGACACACACACACACAUACAUACAUACAUAAAAGAUUUGUGUAAAAAUUUAUUGCUGCUGACUGUUGGAAUGUUUCGACAAACACAUACACAUAUGAAUAUAUACAUAAAUAUAUGUAUCUAUGUAUGUGCAUGUACAAAUAUUUGACGAAACGCGUUUCAACUGCUGCAGUGGAGAAGGGACAGAAGAAUUGGUUUAAAUGCUGCGUUGCUGAAUUUUCACAGAUUUGCGGAAUCAGCGGAAAAUAGCAGCAGCAGCUAAAAGCAACAACAACAAAUAUGUAAUAUAACAUUGCAACAACAACAAGACAAAAAGAAAAUAAAUAAAGAUACAACUUGACAAAUGCUAAGCUGCAAAUUACGGCAGCAACAACAAAAAAUGGAAAGUGGCAAAAUAUAAGCAACAACAACAAGUAGCAGUCGCAUACGCAGCAGAGUAGCGUGAAAAAAUAAUGCUUGACGAGUGUGGCAAAAACAGCUGAAACAGCAUUGAAGGAAUUAAUUAAAUGAAAACAUAAUUUCAAGGUGGAAUGGGCGCAGCAUUUAGGCAAAAUAUAUAAAAAGUGAAAAUAAGCGCUUUCUAUAUGGCAGAUAAGAAAAGUUGACGAAGUGAAAUUUGUAGAAAGCGUUAAAAUUAAGUUGAAGCAAGUAGCUGAAUGCUGAGGAAAUAUGUUGCAAGAAAGUUAAUUUUAUAUGGACGUAUGUUGCAAACAUCUUAAACAAACUUUGGACAAUACCGAAGCUAUAAUACCCUUCACAGGUGCAUUUUUUGUACUUAAAAGGGUGUAAAAUUAUCGUUUUUUUUGAUUUUGUAUGACAGCUAUAUGCUAUAGUAGUCCAAUCUGAACAAUAUGGGCAGAUAUUAAAGCAUUGUCUGAAAUAAUAAUAUUUGUCAAAUUUCGUGACGAUACCUUGUAAAAUAAAAAAGUUUUCCCUACAAAGACUUAAGUUGGAUCGGUCAGUUUGUAUGAAAACUAUAUGGUAUAGUUGUUCGAUAUAAGUAGUCUGCAAAACUUCUGGUCGAUAUUCCAAAAACUGAGGGAUUAGUUCGCAUACAUACAAAUGGGUAAACUGAGGGACAUGGAUAGAACGGCUCAGUUCGUCACGCUGAUCAUUUAUAUACUUUAUAGGGUCUCCGACGUUUGACUGAUCUGAUACAAAUACUCUGAUUUUGUUGUUUUUAAUACCGGAUUUUGUCGUGCGUGUUUUCUCAAGUUUCUACUGAUACAUAUAACGUAUAGUAAAAAGAAAUCUAUUACGCCAUAUUUUACAGUUUUCCUUCAAUAAAGGCGAAAAUUCAAGCCAAGUGACCCGAAUGUAUGCGUGCCACUUGUGUUAACGCAAACAAACCUCAUGGAACGAACAUCCGAACCGGAUGGUUACUGGUGUUUAAAAGAGGGUCACCUACGACAACGUCAAUCAAAAAUAGUCGGACGGUGAGCCGGCGAACAGUAGCUUGGCCUGUAUUGACUGUCAGAAAGAGUUUGUUGUGUGCUUGGUGGAAUUGGAAGGGUAUCGUCCACUUUCAGGCUGCACCACUACGGCCAAACUCUUAAUUCGGUCUGAAAGAAGCAAUCACUCAGAUAUGGUCAGCUUUCGCCAAUAGGAGAGUUUUUCUCCAUAAAGACAACGCCAGAUGACACAGCUCGAUAGUGACCUGCCAGAAGCCUAGGAUAGGUGAUUUUUAGCAUCCCUCUUAUAGUUAGCACCUAACUUGAAGUGAUAACUACCUGGUCCAGUCUGUGGCGAAUGAUUUGGCUAAUCAAAAAUCCCAAAAGAAGUUUGUAAAAAUCGACUGUCCCAAUUUUUCGUCAAUAGUGACGAGGGUUUCUCUGAGAGUGGUAUUAUGGUAUUACCUUUAAACUGACAACAAGUUUUCGAACAACGAACGGUGGAUAUCUGAUCUAAAUCGGAGCAUCCUAUCUUAGCUAAAUGAAACUUGAUUUGGCAGAGAUGUAAACGUCACAGGCGCUGUUCAGAACUUGGAAUACUCAAAAUAAGAAAUGUGGUUCUGUAGUAAAGUUGAAAUCAAUUGCAGAAUAAAUUUUCAUUCAUUAGUAUUUUAAAAAAUUUCGAGGGACAUUUCUUUCUAGUAGGUUUCUGUAAUAAAUUCAUGGAGCCUACUUGAGGGACAAUUGGGGUUGACGCUUAGACAAAUAUCGACUGUUUCCAAAAUAAAUUUGUAGCUCCUGAUAAUCUUCGAUAUGACUGAAGAAGCAGGAUACAUCAAAAAGAAAUUAAGGACGGUAUAUAAGCUAAUGGAACUACCGUUCUUAUCAAAAGACUGUUUGUUGUCGGAUUUAGUAAGGGCAGAAAUCUCUGCUUUGACUUUGCAAAGAAAUAUUCAUCUGGCUGAUUGGUGGUUAUCAUUUUUCAUAUUGCAUUUUGUUAAGUGUACGCUUUGUAUAACCUCAAAAACUCCGAGGUUGUAAGUUCUUUAAUUUUAUCAGAGAACGCUCUCCCACUCUCUCGCUUUCUUGUCUGACCAACUUUAUACAGUUGUAUUCCUAAUCUAAAAUCUGUUUAUAAGGAGAAUGAGAAAAUUUACAUGGGGUGCUUUCUUCGGCAGCCUUACAAUGUAAGCUUUUCGGGAAGCUCUCAUAAGAUGAUUCGUUAAUAUAUUUUUGCUUUUUAAAGAUCGCGAUUAAUAAUUUUCUUUUAAUUCUCUUAGAAGAUCACUAUUUGCUCUUGUCUAAUUCUCGUUUCCUUUUCUUUAAAAAUGUAUUUCAAGUGAACAAAUUUCAAGGGGCACACCCGUUGUGAUAUUUUUAUAUAUAAAUUUAAUAAAGCAGCGUUUUUUUCAUAAUAACUUUAAAAAUAUCAGAACAAUCGGUCAACUCAGUUAAGACAAAAGCAAAGUAAGUGGAAAAAACAAAAUCCGUUAUUAGACUGAAAGAGUCUUAAAAGCUUUAAAAUUAUUUAAAAGAAAAUUAAAAAAAAAAAAUUAUUUGGAAAACCAAAAAAAAAAAAAGUAUGAAUAAAAAGCUCAUUAAAAAUGCUUAAUGCGAGUCUGUAAAAAUCAUACUUGCUUGUUUCGAAUUUUAAGAAAGUAAUCUCGAAACUACAGAAGUAAUGCCAAGGUCACUAGUACAAAUGCGGAAGGAAAAGACUAAAGUGUCACCAAUAACAGAAAAUAAUAACCAAUAAAAAAAUAUGCGAAAUCUAAGAAUGAAAUGAAAAAAUAAGAAAGAGAGAUAGAAAUAAAAACCAGAAAACAAAAAAAUCAAGAGUUAGAAAGUUUGCAGAACCUGAACCAGAAGAGAAGAUAAUGCAUCAAAAAUUAAAUUACUUGGAGAGUGCUUGAUAAAAUUAAAGGAAAUUUUGCUAAAAGCUUGAGAUCGCUAGUCUAACAUUUGUAGUGACGGGGAAAUAUGAAUUUACGGACAAAAAGACAGCAACAAUAAUAAUGCUAUAACAAAAUAUUGGGGAAUUUAAUACAUAGAAAAAAAUUAAUACAGUUGAAAACAACAACAACAACAACAAUUUAAAAAAAAACUUCAACUGACCACAAAAACAACCAAAACUUGCAAUAAAUCUUACAGCUUUAACAAUCAAAUCCCAUAGCAGAGAGAAGACAACAAUGACACAAAUCGACCAUAACAACAACAACGAGCAUUAAAACAUACACAUGUUUAUUAAAAUACAACACACAACAGCAAACCGAUAUCAAUUGACGGCAACAACAACACCGAAUUACCUAUCAUACUAAAUGCAUAUGUAACUGCCAACAAUAACAACAACAAUAGCAAUCACGACCAAAAGCACACCAUUCACGCAACAAAAUUCUUACAGAGCACUCACACACACACAUACAUACAAACUAAGUAAUAAACACGCAGGAACUGCUCACACUAAUACUUCCAAACAAUUAUAGAAAGCAAAAGCAGUAAACAAAAAAUCAAAACAAAAACAAUUGCAACAACAAUGCGCAUUGUAUACAAAGAAAUGAAAAGUUGAAAGCAGAAGCCAAAAAGAUUUAUGACCAUCAAAUAUUAAAUUUGCCAACCGACGAAGCGACACAUUUUUGACAUUUGCAAACAAGAAAAGCAGCAAAUAACUUGGCAGCAAAUAGCACAGACGACGGCGACUAGGUCAGACUUAGCAAGACACAUUUGAGCGCGUCAAUAGGCCAGCAAGCUGUUCGCCUGGCCUGGCGCAUGCACGUCGCAUACAGUGGUGGCGUCAACUGUGGCGAGGCGGUGUGAGCGCAACAUUAAAUAAAUUUCCCAGCGCGGUAUGCUCGUCUACACACUGUACGCAUUUGUAUAGAGAGGGACAUAUUUACGGCUAUAUAUGAUCCACAUUACAGCCGCUGCCGUCAACGCAUGAGUGUCAACUACAAUUACAGCACAUUCUAGAGGUGAACUCACGUCGCAGCCGCCACACCAACGCAGGAUUAGCAGCGACGGGCCAGCUAGUGGAAGCAGUGAGCAGUUUGGGCGCCGAAAAGAAUGGCUGUGGCGAUGCGUCAAAAUGGUUUACAUCAUGCAGUUUCGUUAGGCACCAUUGAGGUGGCGUCUAAGUCGUCAGCGGCUUCUAGCCAUUACGAUCGCAGUUACGACUCCGAAGAUGAGAAUAUGAGCCGACGCCGUUUGCGACACACCUCCUCUACAGAACUGUAUCCGCGCCCAUCCGUUUACUCCAAAGGCGACAUACGCGAACAGUACUGCCUAACUGAUCGUCAGCUGCAUAGCAUCGAGCGGCCGCGUCGCGAUCGCUUCUUCGGCUGUCUCUCGCGUCGUAGCGGUGUGCAGCAAUCGUUUCUGGGCGGCUGUGUGGGUCGACGAGUGCCCUCCGAUGAGAAUUUAGCAGCUUACGCGCCCUUCUACAAGUAUCCGCGCUAUCAACAACCUUUUCAAAAUCACGACGACAAAUCGCCCGAUUCCGAUAUGGAUAGUUCCUAUUUUCGACGUCAACCAGCUUCAAUAUUGAGCACUGCGAAAACGCAAGAUACCGGUGGUGGCGCUGGCACUAGCUCUAUCGGCGUUGGUGUCGGCCCUAGCGGGUCUGCGGGGGGCAUGGGUAUGCCUCAGCAUCAACGCUACUCCUGGAUGGGCGCUCCGAGCGGUAUUGGAAACGAGAAUGUCAACUUUACUAACGAUCCAAGUUCGUAUCACUAUCCCACCCAUGUCGGACUGCCAGCCGGCCAGCAACUACAAAUGGGCGGCACAACACCGAGAACUAAGCAUGUCAGUUUCGCUCGCUCGCAUACACUCACCUCCUUCGACGAUGUCAAUUUGGGUUUCCGCUCCUCCGGUCGCAUGAAGACCGCACGCAGUCAGGAACGUCUUAUUGGUGGCAAGAAACCGAUUAUUGCCACCGGCUCCAUCUACGAGUCCACGCAACUGCCCGGGCAUAUGGUGCAACAGCCAACGGUUUUGCAUUCACAACAGCAACAGCAGAUGACACAUCAGCAGCAACAGCCGCAACAGCAUCCACAACCGCCGACCAAUUAUAUAACGACCUUGCCACCCGCACUCGCCAUGCAUCCACAUGCACAACAAGCCGUCAUACAUCAGCAUGCGCCACAUAUUCAUCCCUCGCAUGGACAUGGCCAUUCACAUCAACAUCAUCACGGGCCACCCAUCCACAUACAUCAGUUUGUACCGACCGGUUUUGCUAGUGCCGCCGAGUUGGGUGCUCAGAUCCAAACUGAACAACCGAUUUCCUUGUUAACCGGCAGGCCUCUCACACAUAUGGAUGAUAUACCACUUGGUGUCGGUGGUGCUGGAGCGGCGGCGCAUGGUGUUAUGAUGCCGACUGGUAUGGGUGUCUUGACUUGUUCUACGCAGGUGCUGGCGCCGCCCAGUCCCGAAGUGUUGGUGGUGGAAAAGAAGUUCCGUAAUGCUAUGAAGACGCAAGCCACGCAAACUGAGGUGCGCAAAGAUGGUUUCGCGCAGGUAUUGGCGCUGAGUCCACGUACCAUGCAUAAGGUGAAGGUGGUCUCACAAGGUGCACAGACGAACGGACUGUUGAAUGGCAAAAAACUCGCUAAAAGUUUGUCGGAAAUGCCGAAUGGUAAAGUGUUACCUGGCUUAGAUGACAGGCAAAUCAGAAACUUUAUCGAUCAUAACGCUGUGUAUCGCACGCAGUCGGAAGAACCGCCAAAGUCACCGCUGGAGCUCGGCGAUCCAAACAAUAUUAACUAUUACGAACCACCGCCACCGCUUGACACAAUCUCCUACUACAGUCAUCGCUCGUCACAACUGCCCUCGGAGGAGAGUAUGCCCUAUUUUCCUAAGGACGCGCUCGCUUUCGAUUACGAGAGCAACAGUUUGCCACGCCGCGCCUGCACAUUCCAUCGUGAAAGCAGCUUCAGUUCGAACAGUCUGCCACGUCGUGAACCACUGCAUGCACAUGAGAUAUGUAAACACAUAACCGAGUGUACGGAAUUGAUGGGUGAGGCGAAUGGUGGUGUUAAUGGUGGUAAUGGCGGUUUGCUAGACUUCUCUAAGCCGCACUUGUUGCCACCACCUAGCGAGUACUGUAAAGAUGCCGACGAGCCGCUUACAUCUACUUCCACGUUGACAGCGGAGCCCAUACACGAACCCGAAGUUGUAGAAACAAGUCGACGUAAGUCCAUGGUAGCCGUACUGCCACCACUAGACGCUGAUAUUACGCCUACACCGUUCAGACGCGAUGACUUACGACGACAGUCGAUGCCUAUUUAUGUAAAAACCGAAAAACUGAUUGAUGGUUUCGGUCCACGUACAUCCUUCCGCUCAAAGAUAAAACCGAAGCCGGUGAUAGGUGGCAAUGAAGAAAUUUCCGGUGAUGAGAAAGAGAUCUUUAUCGACUUCAAACCAAAUGUUAUGAUGAAAACGAUUGCACAAAUUCCACAAGCUAAAUACCGAUCGACCUAUAAGUCACUACCGCCACCAGUAGCUCAGCUUGAGGAGAGCAAAGAACAGAAAGCGAUUGAAGAAUGUGAAAACUGUCGCGCACUACAAGCAGCCGAACCGCAUUCCUCCAUCAGUGAGGAUGACUACGAGGAGGAGGCUGAACAGGAACAGGCUACAGAUAUAGAAGACGAAAAAGCUAAGCAAGAAGAAAGCGAUCAACAUGACCCGCUAUACGAGAAUGUGCCCGCAAGUGUGCCUAUUAUGACGGCUGAACGACGCGCCAGCAUGCGCAAACGUUCCGUGAGCUUGGAUGAACAAAAUGUCUCGCCCGAUAAAGGUAAUGGCAUCUCGGCGCCACCAAGUCCUUGCCGCGAGGAAUUGCUAUUCGCAAAUGCAUCUACCUACCCAUCCUCGGAUUCGCUGGCCAACGACGUGACACGCGAUCACUCAGAUGGCAUUUGGAAUGAAUCGCAGGUUACAGUACUAACUGCCGAACCGCCGAAGGAGGGUACCGAAGGCGCAUACACGAAUGCGAAUAUGCUGCUGACACCAACGACGCGACGAAAAAACCUGCUGCUGCAACACCAGCAACGUAGCUCCGUGGAUACGGACGUAUUGGAUUUGGAGGACACACAAGUGGAUUUGAGUCCCACCUAUGGCAUUGCGGUAAACACACUACCAACUAGCGCUAAGAGCGCAAAAUCUGGCGCGCUCAUCACACAACAACCGCAAGCGAGUCGCGAGCCCAAAUCGACCACGUUAACGGUGCCACAGAAAAUCACCACACCCUCAAUUGCAGUCACACCCAGUCUACCGUUGGCCAAAGAGAUCUCACCCAAAAUAUCACCGGGUACAAGUAAACGCGUCGUACAAGAGCUACCCACACAAACACGCGAUGGACGACGUACAUCGGACGUACAGCAAACACGUGCUGCCACCGACGCCAUCAUGACCGUCACAGCUACUUUGAACAACAACAGCAGCAACAAGUUCAAUAACACCACAGAUGUGUCAGAGUGCAGCACGAAUACCGAUGAAUAUGCCACUUGUACCGACACGUCGAAGCGUACGCCAGGUAUUAAGACACCACCAACAACAACAAGCUCAUCAUCAACGACACAAGUACCAGUGUCGACACAGAGUUCACAAAUUGACCGUACGCAAGGUUCAUCCUUUGAGAGUGCCUCUUCACUCUACUCAACGCGCGGCGAGAUUCUAACCGAGGAUAUACUGCAGCAUGAUGAAAAACCCACUAAACAGCAUAAGCUCGAGCGCGAACUGCAGCUCAAGUCGCCUGUGCCUACAGCAGAGCAGGCGAAACGUUCACCUUCGCACUCGAUUAGCAGCACAUCGUCGGGUAGUUAUAAUGUCGCUGGGCUGGCAACACCAUCGCCAUCUGCUAAGGAUGCGGAGAAGCAGGUGGAGCCAGCUGAAAAGGCAGCGGCGACGGCUACCAAAACUGUACACGUCAAAAGUGUUGGUGCGUCAACCGCCAGUGUCGAACCGUCCGCUGUACGUGAAAAGCCACGCAUCAAACCCAAAUCCAUAUCGGAUGAUGAACGUAGUGAGGUACGCUACUCAUCUUCCGGCUACUAUGAGAGUCCACAUGAUGAUGAUCAUGUGAUCAAGUCACGUCGUCAUCGUCUCGAUGAGGAACGUAAACGUCGUAAGACUACAAUGAAACUAGACAUCGAAAAGGAGAAUUUACGCGCGCUAACUAGUCCGAUUAAGAAGCCAGCAUCUGCAUUGGCUGGCGCACACGCCACGCCUAUAACUGCGGCAUUGGCUGCAGCCACGAAAGAAAAAAUAACGGAGAAACAGUCCACCACUAGUGCGCACGCCAUUGAAACUACAAGUCCGAAUCGCAUUAAACGUUUCCGUCCAAAGAUACGUCGUCAAUUUAGACGGAGUUCACGUGAUGAUAGUACACCGAAACGACAAAAGAAUUUGGUGAAUUUGUAUGGCAUGCCGCCGACAGCAGGUAGCGCAGAGAAGCUAUUGGACUACAGUGUUGGCGUUAAAAAGGAGGAAGAUCGCGAGGAUAUACAUGUAACGGAGUGCAAGACGAGUAAGAUCACAACGCCGCAUACAGCCACGGUAGCUGUGGCCGCCAAAACCACAAAAUCUUCAUCAGAGGUGUGUCAGCUAAAAGCAAAAUCUAUAGAGUCUCUCCGUUCCGUCUCGCCCGGUUCCGAUUCGGUGUUUUACAGUGAAGCAGAUGGUCCCGUGCAGGAACCACACAGUCAUUGCCUGCACUGCGGCAAGGGUACAGAGGGUCAGACUACAAAUAUAAGCGCAUUGGCUGGAGACUCUGUCGAAUCACUGCCUUAUAUGGGAAAUGAGCAUGAACAGGAUAUUGUCAAACCGCCGUCAGACUUCGCAGACUCACCGGUAACUGCAAAAACAACGCAACGUCUGUAUAAAAAGAUGGAUAAACGUUUUCGCUCUGAAGAGCGUUAUCAUGCAGGCGAACGUGGUCGACAUUAUAAGACACGUCAGGAGAAUAUACGAGCAAAGAGCGAAGAACGCAGUCGUGAGAGCGUACACUCACGUAGUCCACAGAGCUUACGUCCAGCCGGUUCGAGUCCGUGUGUACUGCCGGAUGCAGCGAUUGAACAGAGUCAACAGAUUAUUUAUCGUGGUCAUUACGACCCGGCGCGUUAUUCACGUCUCACCGACGCUGAUGUUUGGACUCAGCUAAAUCAUCAAAGUUUCGAUCGUCAUCGUGAUCGCCGUCCGUCAACCGAGUCGGAGCGCAGUUUUCACACAAAGUAUCAAGUCAUACUACAUCGUUUGGUGCAGCGACGUUGCACCUUGGAAAUGUAUCAUCGCCAACGGAACAACAAUUUUCGCGUUGACAAAACCAUUGUGGUUAAAAGUGAGUCUGGUGAAUUUGGUUUUCGCAUACAUGGCUCCAAACCGGUUGUGGUCGCCGCUAUUGAACCCGAAACACCGGCUGAGAGUUCUGGACUCGAAGUCGGCGAUAUAAUCAUAUCGGUGAAUGGCGUUGAGGUCUUGGAUAAACAUCAUACCGAAGUGGUGAAGAUCGCACACGAUGGCUGUGAGAUACUCGAACUGGAGGUGGCGCGCACGAUCGGUGUGCUCAUGCACGAGCAACAAGAGCCGCCCAGUCAACCGAUUUUUAGCGGCUAUUUAUGGCGACAGAGCGGCCAAGCGAAGGGCGCACCAAAUACGAAAAAAUGGGUGCGCCGCUGGUUCUCGCUGCGACCGGACAACUGUCUGUACUACUAUAAAACCGAAGAUGACAAUCAACCCGUUGGCGCUAUGAUCAUGGCCAAGCAUACAAUUGAUCACUGCCCGCCUGAGGUCGGUAAGCCGUACGCCUUCAAAAUUGACUCCGGCGAAGGCAUACCAUUGUAUGUGGCCGCAGAUACGGAGGAGCUGUCCAACCGUUGGAUUAAGUUGCUCAAGCAAGCGGCCACACAGGGCACACCCUGGCUGGAUAAUAGCGCACACAAUCUCUACCAACCGCCGUGCAGCAUUACACGCCCGGACUGUUUCGGUUACCUGUUGAAAUUGGGCUCCCGCUGGUGUGGCUGGUCGAAGCGCUACUGUGUGCUAAAGGAUGCUUGUUUGUAUUUCUAUCAGGAUGCUAAUAGUAAGACGGCGUUUGGUAUGGCUUGUCUGCAUGGCUAUAAGGUAUCAUCGAUGUCGACCAAUGCCUCAGGCAAGAAGAAUUCCUUCGAGAUUAUACCACCAGAGACCAAACUGCGACAUUAUUACUUCUGCACCGAAUCGGAAAUGGAUAAAAAGAGAUGGAUUUCGGCUCUUGAAUAUUCAAUUGAUCGUUGGAUAAAAUCCGGGUAACUAAAGUUGAAAACUAUAGGGAGCAAACGCAAGCGUAGUUUCAGUUACUACAUUGAGUAAAAAUAUGGAACAGAAAGUGGAAAAAAAUACUGAAAUUUUAGAAAAGGUGUGUCAGAGUGUCGAAACGAACGACUUGGCUGCCACAUAAAAAUUAUAGAGGAUAUACAAUAUAAAAUAAAUAAAAUUGGAUAAAUGUAAUGAAAAAAGUCACUGCAACUGAUUACAUUUUAAGGCAUAUUAAGUAGAUAUACAAAUACUUUUAAGCAAACCAAAUGAAUAAAAUCAUGUUAAGUAGAAUUGAGAGCAGAAGAACUCAAGCACUAGAACUGAAAUAGGGAGAAUUUUGAUGGCAAGCGAAAUACUAUGCAAAAAUAAUUCAGAUCAGAGGUUGAAAAUAAGAUUACAGGCGAAGGAAUUGGAAAUGAAAAAAGGCGAUGAAAUUAAGGGAAAUGUAUAUUAGAAAAUAUUUAUUUUCAAUUAAGGUGUAAAAAUAUAAAAACAAAUUAAAGCUCAAGAUUAUAUUCGAUAUGUAUGAAUAAGCUACAAAAAUCAGAAAAAUAUUGUAAAAAAUGAAAAUUCGACAAGUGUAAAUAAAAAAGCCAAAGAUAAAUAUAAAAAUAUAAUUGAAACUGUUUUUGAAUAUUAUGAUAAAAAAAGUAAAUGUAUAUACAGUUUGUAUGUAGAAAUUUCAGCAUUUAGCCAACAAUUAUUUACAUAGAUGUCCGUUAUUUACAGUGACGACCACUAAAAUUAGCUUUCAUUGAAAUACACCACUCAUUAACAAAAAAACCAAAAAACUAAAAGUAAUUUAAGAACCAAUGUGAAGAAAUGUAAAAAAUAAUGCCAAAUGCGUAGAGUUGAUAUUGAAAAAUAAAAAAUAUAGUUAAAAUUAAUUAUUUAUGCAAUUUACUUGAAAAUUAAAAUUAAACGCUUUUUUGUUCACAUAUAUAUAUGUAAUACUCUUUUUUAGAUUGCCUUAUAAUUUAAAAAAUAGCUAGACAAAUAUUUGAAAAUUAACAUUGAAAUAGUUGAAAAAAAGUUACUAAAAAUGCGAAUGACAUGAAAAUAAUAUUUUAA